AUGUACUCGCGAUCAAACAGCGUGACUCUGACGGUGCAGCAGGAGAGCUUCGGCUUCCCCAGGCUGGCGACCCGCAACACGGAGCCCGAGGUCUUCACCUUCGAGCGGGUGCCGGCUCAGGCCACCGCGCUGCUCUCUUACUCGCCGAUCCGGCCGAGGAAGCGCUGCACUCGGGUGAUGUACCCGGCUAAAGUCCGCAUGCACCUUCCGCCGCCGGAGAAGAGCCCGGCCAAGCGCUGGCUGCUCAUCCUGUGUCUGGUGGUGCUGUGGCAGAUCUACACCGAGGAGCCCUGCGCCGACACGCUGCCGGGCAGCGCAGACGGCCCGGUGUCCGUCAGCGACUACCAGUGCUUCCCCUUCCACCAGCAGUCCGCGGAGGAGCCGCAGCAGCAGCUCACAGACCUCGGCCCCGGAUCCGAGCUCCUGUCGGCCACACCGAAGAUCUGA